ACGUAGCACGGAGAUCUGCGCGGGUCAAGAGUAUUCGCGCAGCAAACGCCCAUUUCCGCUUUCAACCAGGAAACACAGUUGUAGUAACAACAGGGCAUUGGUUUUCUCCCCACAACAACAAAGGUGAGACAAAUCAAACAGACGCGUCGCCCUUUCAGCCGAAGAGAGACGUGGCUUCGGGCUUCUUCGCAGGCAGCCAUGCUGUCGGACGCAGGUCAGUGCUAGCUACGUGCUACACGUCACGGUGGGUCGAAAGGCUCGUGUUUACGUCGGUCGCCGCCUUUUUGUGUUUGCACACUGACAUUGUGUUCCGUGGGUGGAUUGCGAUAAUGGCGCAAAUCGGAUCAUUUCACGCAUUCGCCUCUGAUGGUGAGCAGCCGAGGCCUCGGUGGCAGCGGCCAGCAUCCGCACGCGCCGCUGAGGCUUCGUCCCUGUCUCUCACGUCCAGACUGCUCCGGGAGCGUCUCUGGAGCUCGCAGAGCCAAGAGGAGGAGCUCGGGGGAGUCGCCGGGUGACGGGCAGACGGUCCGCUCCUCUGGAAGGCAGAGCAGCGUCCGGGUGAAGCGCAGCAGCAACACUCCGCCUGGGCAGAGCAAGAGAAAAGCCACAGACACCGAGGAGGAAGACGAGCAGUCGGAGAAGAAGUACAGAAAGUGUGAGAAGGCCGGAUGUUCAGCAACGUACCCUGUUUGUUUCGCCAGUGCAUCUGAAAGAUGUGCUAAGAAUGGAUACACGUCUCGCUGGUACCAUCUGUCAUGUGGAGAACAUUUUUGCAAUGAAUGCUUUGACCACUACUACAGAAGUCACAAAGACGGUUACGAGGUCUUCGCUGCGUGGAAGAAGGUGUGGACCAGCAACGGCAAAAGUGAGCCCAGUCUGAAAGCGUUCAUGGCCGACCAGCAGCUGUCGUUCUGGGUUCAGUGCACUAAACCUGACUGUGGGAAGUGGCGUCAGCUGACCAAGGAGCUCCAACUCACCGCUUCCCUCGCUGCAACGUACCGCUGUGGGAUGAAAUUCAGCAACAUUAAGUGUGAGGGACCAGACCAGUGCUGCCAACCAGAGGACCUGCGAGUGGCAGAAGUGUCUGACAGCUGGUGGCAUUCGAUGCUGAUUUUGCCGCCCUUGUUCAAGGACAGUCCAGCCAGUCCUUUCCUUGCUGCCUACUACCCCGACUGUGUGGGAAUGAGUCCGUCCGGCUCCCACAGCAGCGCGUCUCUGGCCGAGCUGAGGGCCGAUCACUGCAGAGCUGUACAGCCACAAAUUUCAGGCAUGAGCCCAUACUUCCAGCCCUUUUACCAGCCUAAUGAGUGUGGCAAGGCUCUGUGCGUGCGUCCCGACAUGAUGGAGUUGGAUGAACUUUAUGAGUUUCCAGAGUUUUCCAGGGACCCCACCAUGUAUCUGGCUCUGCGUAACCUCAUCCUGGCCUCCUGGCAAACCAACUGCAGGGAGGUGCUGACCCCUCAGAAAUGCGCCCAGCACAUCAUCGUGCGGGGGCUGGUGCGGGUGCGCUGCGUGCAGGAGAUGGAGCGUGUGCUCAACUUCAUGACCAGGAAGGGCCUCGUCAACACGGGCGUGCUGGCGGUGCGGCGGCCCCUCCUCCCUGAAACGCAUCGCUCGAAGAACGUUAUUGUGGUUGGUGCCGGGGCUGCAGGACUGGCUGCUGCACGGCAGCUACAAAACUUUGGCACUCAGGUGGUGGUGCUGGAGGCAAGAGAGAGAAUAGGAGGUCGGGUUUGGGACGAUGCGUCUCUGGGCGUCACUGUCGGUCGGGGAGCUCAAAUUGUCAACGGCUGUAUAAACAACCCCAUCGCUCUAAUGUGCGAACAGAUGGACAUGAAGAUGCACAAACUGGGAGAGCGGUGCGACCUCUACCAGGAAGGGGGGCAGGUUACCGACCCCUCCAUCGACAAGCGCAUGGACUUUCACUUUAACGCCAUCCUGGACGUGGUGUCUGACUGGAGGAAGGACAAGUCACAGAGUCAGGACUCACCGCUGGGAGAAAAAGUCCAGGAAGUGAAAAAGACCUUUCUUCAGGAAUCUGGGAUCCAAUUCACAGAGUUGGAGGAGAAGGUUCUUCAGUUUCAUCUCAGCAACCUGGAAUUUGCCUGUGGAAGCACAUUAGAACAGGUAUCGGCCAGAUCCUGGGAUCACAACGAGUUUUUUGCCCAGUUCUCAGGAGACCACACGUUACUCACUAAAGGCUAUGCCGCUUUACUCCACAAACUGGCCGAGGACCUGGACAUCCACACCAAGUGUCCGGUUCAGACCAUCGACUACUCAGGUGAUGUUGUCAGAGUUACCUCUUCCAACGGGUCCCAGUGGACUGCACAAAAGGUGCUUGUUACUGUCCCGUUGACUUUACUACAGAAAAACCUGAUCCAAUUCAAUCCUCCGCUUCCUGAGAGAAAACUCAAAGCAAUCCACAGUCUGGGAGCCGGAAUCAUAGAGAAGGUCGCUCUUCAGUUCCCGUGCAGAUUCUGGGACCGCAAAAUCCAAGGGGCCGACUACUUUGGUCACAUCCCACCGGGUCCUGACAAGAGAGGCAUGUUCAGUGUCUUCUAUGACAUGGAUCCACAGGGAACGCAGGCGGUCCUCAUGUCAGUGAUCACCGGUGAAGCUGUAGCUACUGUGCGUGACAUGGACGAUAAGGAGGUGGUAGAAGAGUGCAUGAAGGUCCUGCGUGAACUUUUUAAGGAACAUGAGGUCCCACAGCCAGUAAACUUUUUUGUUACGCGCUGGAGCAAAGACGUGUGGUCCCAGAUGUCCUACAGCUUCGUGAAGACGGGGGGAAGCGGGGAGGCGUACGACGUCCUCGCUGAAGACGUGCAGGGAAAGCUUUUCUUUGCUGGAGAGGCUACCAACAGGCACUUCCCUCAGACUGUCACAGGAGCCUACCUCAGUGGAGUCCGAGAGGCCAGCAAGAUGGCUGCUGUGUAGAGCUGUCGGUCCCAGAGCACUCUGAAGCACCAGCAUGGACACGCGGGGCUGAAGCGAGCGACAGGCCGUUGUUCAACCUGCGCGCUUCCUCAGUCGCUCCACUGUCACUGUGCUGUCACGCGUCUGAUCAGCAGGACGCCGUUAGGCCUUUCUAAAGGCAGGACAACAGGUUUUAAAGUGCUUUCUCUUUCUAUCCACAACCCAGCGGAUGUAACAUCAUGACGAAUGGAUGAUCUCGUGCAACUCGUUUCUGGGUCUGAGGUGUUUUUCUGAACUUGUAUGUUUUGGUGAAAUUCCAUUUAGAGAGAGAGACGUCUCACAGGAUGAACAAUCACCCAUGGUUCCAAAUAUGACUUUACAUCCUAUGACAAAAUCAACAUGUUGAUUUAAAUGACCAAAUGGUUCAAUGCUGUUAAAGGAAAUAGAGCCUUCAGAUCCUUUUGAUUCAGAAGCAAUUUAAUAUAAAUAUGUAAAAAACAAACAAAUGAAUAGUUGUGCAUGACUAGUUUAGUUUUCCAUGUCGCUGAGAAUCAUUACUUUUUCCGGGAUCUGAUCAGGAUUAUACAGCAGCAAAGCAUUAGAGGGAAUUAUGCAUUUUAGUGAGAUAGUCUGGGAGAAAAAGAAACAACAAACCAAAUGGUAAAAGGUUUUUCCCGGACAUCUUGGUUUUUGUGGUUGGGUACCAACACAACAAUGUCUUCAGUUUCUUUGAUCAAUGUUAACUAAGGACACUUUAAACUUAGAGUUGUGUGUGUUUGGAUCAGUUUGUCAAGAUGAUCAUGUUGAGUGUGUUAGACUUGUGUAUUUAUAACUCUGUAUGUGUGUGUGUGUGUGUGUGUGUGUGUGUGUGUAAUAAACUGAGCUAUCUGCUGCCUCCAUUGGCUCCAAACUUCAA